GGCGGCGGCAACCAAGACGACAACAAACGAAAGAUGGCGGCCGAGGCCUCGGCGAAAAAACAAGUUAAAAUUACCACGCCUGAUAUAGAGCAGGAAAUUAGAGACGAAAGUUCUGACAGAAUAAAGAAAAGACACAAGGAUGAGACAAUUAAAGAUGACAGGGGCUCAGAAAUUCCUACUACCUCCAAUUCCCAGAGAGUAGACAUUUCACGAAUUCAGAGUGCUUAUUCUGACAGGUGUCACUCACGAUCAAACUUCCCCCUAGUGCUGGAUGAAUAUGGAGAGGAAAGAGACCCCAGGGAUAAAGAAAACAAGAAGAAGAAGAUUACUAAAAAGGUGACUAAAUCUGAGACACACGAUGAUGAGGUGCAGGAGAAGAGGAGGAAGAAACAAGAGGAGCUGGAAUCUCGCACUGCCCAUGAGAGAUACGUACAAGUAAUGGACGACUUGAACAAUCGACCAGUUGGGGACCGCUUCUACUCCAAAAAAAUGGGAGCCAUUGCGACAUCAGUGGACAAGUUUCAGGACAGGAAUGUAAACUCUCCAACGAAAUCGCCACGGAUUGAAAUAAUGGAGGUUGCUAAUGCAAACAAGAAGGCCCAGAAAAAGAAAGAAAAGUACGUCUUGACCACAAAUAAUGAACACUUGAAGAACAUAACAAAGACGGAAACAGCAAAGAUAAUAGAGAUUCAGGACCGGCUCAUUAAGGAGGGUAAAUUAAAGACACAGGCUGACAUUGAUAAGUUCAGAGAAAGUGCAAAGGAUCCAGUUGUACUCAACUCUUACAUUUCGAAACCCUCCAGUAAACAAGAACUCAGUUCCACCACUAUCAGUAGCUCAAAACCGGAGAAAUCUCAGCAUUACACCUCACUAGCAGAGUUACCUCCCCGAUCUCUGAGUUACAUCUCAGAGCGGUCAUCUCGACCAGACACCCGCCAGGACUGGGCGAUCACUCAACAGUUUAAACACAAACAUGAGCAGAGUAAAAACAUGACACCCCACCAGAUUGCUAGACAAGCUGCUCAGGACCUAGAGAAAAGAUUUCCAAAGCAGUUGCAAUCCUCCUCCAACGAUGAAUGGAAGACACAGAUGCCACCAAUGAAGAGCUUCACGAUAGAUCUCGGAGAAAAGCCACCUGACCCAGAAGAGCUGCAAAGGGAGAUUGAUUUGAAAGUCAGAAUAAAACAGAGGAAGAAGUUCCUGAGAAAACUGAACAGAAUGUAUCAAUUGUCCAUGGCUCAUAAUGCUGCCACUAACAGAAUCCUGGAGAAGCACGGUGAGAUCAACCACAUCUUGGAAGGAAACAGUCUACGAGAUGUGGUAGAUGAGGAAUAUGCCUCAUUGAUGGCUGGGAAUUACCUCCCUUGGGUUUCCACUUUACCAGCUCCUGAAGAUGUUUACAUCACGGAGGAGGACAUCCGGGUUCCUGAUCCAGGAGAAAUAUUCGGCCCUCUAGUUGAAUCUGUGCCCGUUUCACGUUCCAGUACUCGAACUAAUCUUGUAUCCCAAAGAGGUAGCAGAGAAAAUCUGGCAUCUCAGAAAGGAAGUCGAGAGAACUUGGUCAGUAGGGGGUCUUCAAAGGCCUCCUCAAAGAUCACCAGGAGACAGACCUUUAGUGUGGGAGACAUUAAGGAGGACAAAGUGCUCAUCUUGCCCCCGGCUCCUAUGCCACUUACCAUGGAUGAAAUCAGAUCCAAGGCUAAAAUUGUUGAAGCUAAAUGUUUAAGUACUAACUGGAUUAACUACAUGAGAGCUGGGAAACCAACAGCAUAAAGCUGGGACUGAAUCAUAUACUACAUGCAGCUUUCUUUCUGGGACUUGCAUUUUAAUUCUAGCUGUUACACAAAUUAGACACAUGAUGCAGUGUUUUCUUUAUCAUUCAAAAGAUUUUGUCCAUUUUGUUUUUUAAACAAUGACAUUUGGCAUGUGUUCACUAAUUCUUUGAGCACAAACUUUUGACCAGUUUUAGAACUUUCCACUCCAGUAUAUUGUGUACCAAGGGACAUAACCUGGUGCAUUUGCAUAGUCAUUUAAAUGUGUACAUAACAUCAGUUCAUUUCAUAUGUUGUCUUUGUAUGUUGCAAGCAUGAGCAUUGGUUAAGUACAUGUAAUUGUAAAUGCAAUGUAUGUUGGUUGCACUACUAUUUAUUUAAUUAAAUGAUAUGUAUUUGCAUCUUGUAUUGGUAAGAUAAAUCUUAUUUAAUUCCCUUUAUUUUGUGUGAUCUCUAAUUUUAUUCUUACACAUUUUAAUUACUACAUUUUAAAGUACAUGUAAAAUAUCCAUAUUGAAGGCUUUUAUUUUUUCGACCUGAGUAUGGAUGACCAUGCAUAUUUCAUAUUUGAACUAAACAUUGGCUCUGUAUUACAAAUGAUGUUGUGAUUUACUCUGCAGAUUUUAACUAGUCUAGUAUUUGAAAACAAAAAAAUCAUAUGGCUUCUUUUUCGACUCGAUUAUGAAAGACCAUAACUUUGUCAUUAAUGAAUAGAAAUGACAUUUUCGGUAAGAAGGGAAGGAUAUUGUUUGUUGUACAUGUAUUCAUGUAAACCCAAAUGCAUAAAAUACAUUUAUAAAUCCUUCAUUUUCAUUAUAAUUGUUGUGUUAUACGAUAUGCUGAUUAGGUGUGUUUGUUUUAUGUUAUAACUUACUUUUUCCUUUCAAGCACUUGACAAAGAAAUCAACAAUAUGAUCAUCAACAAUAAAUAAACACUAAGA